AUGUCUCAGCAACAUGUCAAUUCAGAGGAUGUAUAUUGUGAAAUAUGCCAUAUUCUUCUACCUAUCAUUCGAAUACUCGUCGAUCUCAAUCAAACAGAGCGCAUUGAAAAUGUGACUCUUGAAAUUUGUAACGAAUUCGGUUUGGUUCUCGAUGUUUGUAGCGGCGCUGUGCACGAAUACAAAGAUGUCGUUUUCCAAGUCAUUUCUCUGACACAUUUCAGUAAUAAGGCACUAUGUUCACUUGCUAUGAACUGUGAUAGGCAGACUGAUUAUCCUACCUUGAAUUGGAGUGUUGCAAUUCCUGACCGAAAACCACCUCCACAACCACCAAAACCUCCUUCACCUGACUCGCCGAAACUGAAAGUGCUUCAAUUGGCCGAUAUUCACGUGGAUUUUGGGUACAAGCCAGGAUCUGAAGCAGACUGCCUUGAACCAUUGUGCUGUCGAAAGGGUCUACCACUUCCUCACCAUCCGGCUGCUGGCUUCUGGGGGACCAGCCUUCACUGUGAUAUACCAUAUUGGACGGCUGAAGCUAUACUUGAAUAUGCCGCGAAAACAGAAGAGGUGAUAGACAAAAUUCUAUUUGUUGUUCUUAUUCUUUUCUAUCCCAACAAAUUGAUUUCAUCUACUAUACUGGCGACACACCACCUCAUAAUGUAUGGAAUCAAUCUCGUGCUGACCAACUCUAUUCGAUAA